AUGGAUCGAAAGCCGUUUGGCUCAUCCCGUCCACCCUUUUCAACUCCAGAAAGUCGCAUGAAGCGGGAGUACGGAGAGAUGAAAAAGGAAGAAACGGAGGAUUAUAAUCCAACAGAGGCCAAAAGAAGAUAUGGAGAGUCUUCAUCUGGUGGCAGUGGUGGCUCAUUCUCCCCCAUUGAUUCUGAAAAGGUCCAACUGAACUCGUGUGAACUUGAUAUUUCCAAAAUGGAUCCGUACAUCAACAAAAUAGUGUUCAAGGUUGUGAUGGUGAUGACCAAUGAGAAGCGCAUCGAUUUGGCUGACGGUCUUGUGGCGGUUUCUGGAGAUGUCAACCGUCAGUCACGUCGUCAGGCCUUAUGUCUUCUCUUCAAUAAGUGGCUUGAGAAGAAUCCAAGAUAUUUCCAGAGCAACUUUUAUCCAUUCAUGGCAGCAGGUACCGUAUACGAAGUUACUGUUAAGUCAACUGGCAAAUUGGCCACGCGUGGUCCAAGAGCACUCGAGGAGGAUAACCGCUCGGAACUCACUAGAUGCAUUGAAUGCGUAUCCAACCAGAUUCUUCAUACCAACAACUUCCUCCUCUACUCCACAGGAAUCUACCCGGUGAAUGGAAACGUGCUCUCCGAGCCAACUGGGACCACUGAAAUCAAAGGAGGUUUCUCUAAAGUUUCCAGAGUGACCAUCGAUGGUUCUGAGGUCAAGGCACAUAUUACCGUGGAUAUUGCAAGGUCAUGCUUCUUCAAAGCUUCUUCUAUGCUGAAGUUCAUUAGCGCAAAGUACAUGGAACUCAAGUACGGUGUCAGUGGAGGAUCCGGAGGUCGUGGUGGACGUGGUGGUGGACGUGGCGGUUUUGGUCGUGGUGGUUUUGGUCGUGGUCGAGGUGACCGCGGUGGUGGCUAUCAUGGUGGUGGCGGUGAUCGCCGCGACAGCAGCUACAGACAUAGUGAUGAUCGAGGAUUCGGUCGUGAUCGCUAUGACAAUCGUGAUCGUCAUAGCGACCGCGACAGACACCGAGAUGACCGUCAUCGUUACGAUGAGGACAGAGACCGUCGCAGAGAUUACAGAGACGACAGAGACAAUGGACGUAGCAGUGAAGAUCGUGAGAACAACAGAAGAAGCGACUACGAUCCGGAAGAGCUGAGAAAGUUCGAGGAGGAUUACAAGAGUGGGCGUCUCUGUCUCUCAGCUCUCAAUGCCGUCAUCAAGGGACUGGAGGUCCGUCCGAUUCAUCUGGAUAACUCGAAGGCGAACCGUACCGUAAUCCUUGAUAGCCUUUGCAAAGGAUCCACAGAGACUUUGAGUUUAGAAGAGGAGAAGAUGCCCGGGAUAUGUCUGUUCAAGAUGCCUGUCGUCGUCAGUAAGAAAAGACAACAGUACGAGUUCUACCCGCUCGAACUUCUCGAAAUCAUUCCUGGACAACGUCUCAAGAACAACAAGAUGACUGGUGAUAUUGUUAGUGAUUCUGAAGCCUUAUCAUGUGCAAUUUAUCUAUUUUUACAGCAGCAAUUCAUGACGGGAGCGAACAGCUCUCUUCCUCUGGAUCACAUUGCACAGACAAGGAUCAUUCUGGAGGACUAUCUAAAAUUGGGAGGGCAUCAAAAGAAUAAGCAUUUCGAUGCGUUCAAAAUUCGAUUCGGAGAUACUCGUCCGAUUGUUGUCCGAUCGAAUAUUCUCGCCCCUCCACACAUUCUCUUCAAACCGGAAAAACCACAUGUCAUCGCCGAUGGAGCUGAUGUUCGCAUAAUUGCAGGACGGAACGAAACGUUUGUGAAACCUGCGAAGCUCCGAUCUAUCAUGAUCAUCAACUAUUGUGGAGAGUUGCGCGAGAUUGAUGAUUUCAAGCGUUGUCUUCAGGGCAAGUUCCGUGAGCAUGGGUUCCGGUAUAAAGAUCAGGAUGUCCAGUGGAUUGAUGAGAGAUGCGACCCUUCGGAUUUGGCCAAAACCAAAGAUUUGAUGAAGCACACUCUUCGGAACAAAGUGUCAUUGGUCAUCGGUAUUGCCUUGGAGAAAAUGCCACAUAUUCAUGACGUCCUAAAAUACUACGAGGAGAAAAUCGGACAGCAGACACUUCAACUUUGUGCUGAAACUGUGAGAAAGAUGGGACAAGGCGGUGGCAAUAAGACAACCGUCGACAAUGUGAUUCGCAAACUCAACGCCAAAUGCGGUGGAACAAACUUCUAUGUGGAAGUUCCAAACGCUGUCAAAAACAGACAAGUCUGUAUUAAUCCUGAGGAAAUGAGAAAGAAGCUUUACAAAUAUACUCAGUUCAUUGGAUUCGAGCUUUCGCACACAGGAGCACGAUCCAAGUUUGACAAGCAGAAGCAAACUGUGGAAAUCGAUCCAACGAUCGUUGGUGUGUCUUACACUCUGAAGCACGCAACUCAAUUGGGAGGAUUCUCCUAUUUCCAAGACAGCCGUGUUCACAAGUUAACCCGUGUCAAAGAGAAGUUUGGAGAGUGCCUUCGAGGAUACAAACAUGCGACCGAGGCCCUUCCGAGAACCAUUGUGAUGUAUAGAAUUGGCUCCGGAGAAGGUGACUAUGAUCAAGUCCGCAAGGAGGUUGAGGAGAUGCGUGAGGCCGCCGACAGCUUCGAGCCUGGAUACAAGCCGAGGUUCUUGAUGGUUCUCGCGCAGAGAAACUCACACGUUCGAAUCUUCCCGGAGCAUAUCAAUAAGGGAAACGCCAGAGUUCAAAAUGUCAGAUCUGGAACCUGUGUGGAUAGCAUUGGAUCAGCUCAUGGGAUGAUGGAGUUCAUUCUCUGCUGCCAAUCAGCGAUGAUCGGAACUGUUCGGCCAACUCGAUACACAGUGAUUGUCAAUGACACGGACUGGACGAAGAAUGAGCUGAUGAAUGUCACUUAUCAUUUGGCGUUCGGCCAUCAAGUGUCCUAUGGUCCUCCAUCGGUUCCGAAUGUCUUGUACGCAGCGAAGAAUCUUGCGAAACGAGGCCAGAAUAAUUUCAAGAUUCAUAAAGAUAUGAUCAAUAUCAGAGACAAAACUAAGCAGCUCUACGCCGAGUAUGCUGACGUCCUUGGCAAGAAGGAAAAAGAGGAAGCCGUGUUGGACAAGUUCAUCAACGACCUAUCCAACCAAGUCAACGAUUGCACCAUCAGUGGCCGCAAUUUCUGGGCCUAA